AUGGAUAGAAUUCAUGUAACUGUUCGUGCAAGACCUCUCUCGCCGGAGGACGCGAAAACUAGUCUGUGGAGAAUCUCCGGCAACUCCAUUUUCAUUCCCAACCACUCCUCCGUGUUCGAAUUCGACCAAGUAUUCGAUGAAAGUAGUAAAACAUCUCAAGUCUACGAAACUCGGACCAAGGACAUAGUUGCUGCUGCAGUCAGUGGAUUCAAUGGUACUGUUUUUGCUUAUGGACAAACCAAUAGUGGGAAGACUCAUACGAUGCGUGGAUCUAAAGCCGAGCCUGGAGUCAUUCCUUGCGCGGUGCAGGAUUUGUUUCACAUUCUUCAACAAGUAAUCACUAUUGCUCAGUUUUUGUGUUUUCCUUAA